AUGUCGACGACGCCAUGCUCAAAAGGCGGGAUGCGCCUCAGCGAAGCCCUGGACAACAUCCAACUCGCAUACAACCCUAUAACUAAACAGUUGCAUUUUGUGAGUCCUAAGGUUGAGAAACCAGUUGAAUCUAGUGAUGAUGUUGAUAAAUUGUCAAAAAAGAGUAGUUUCAGUGAUGAAGGAAACUUUUCAAUUUCAACAUGUGAAAAGAGUGAUACAAGUGACUCCCCAAAAAGUACAUUACAAUGGGGUGGUAGUGUGAAUGGCCAUCAGAGAGGGAAGGAUGGUGGUUCAUUCUCUAGCACAGUUUCGAGCUUAUCUGAAUGUUCCCUAGGUUCCAGUGCUUCUAAAGAAGAUGAAGUUGGUGAUGUCAACAAUGAACAGGAGAGCAGCAAGUUAAAGAAGAAAGGGCUGUCUGGGUUUUUUAGCAGGUGA